AUGAAGUGGUACCCAAUUAUAACAUUAUCAACAUUUCUACUAAAUUUUUCAAAUGCAGUAACUGAUCCAACACUUAUACUAGACGAUACAAAACAGUUAACAAAAUAUUUAAUCAAAAAAUCAGAAAAAUCAUCAAUUAUAAAUCCAAAAUUUGAAUUAGAUUAUUCAAUAUUUGAAACUUAUAACGCAGAAAAAGAUAAUGAAGAUAAAGAUUGUCCACCAUGUUUUAAUUGUAAUUUACCAAAUUUUGAAUGUACUCAAUUUUCAACAUGUAAUACAUUUACAGGAAUGUGUGAAUGUCAACCUGGAUAUGGAGGUUUAGAUUGUUCUGAACCAUUAUGUGGAUCAUUAUCAAAAGGAAACAAUAAAAGACCCAUUCGAAAAAAAGAUUCCAAAUGUGAUUGUGAAUCAGGUUGGUCAGGGAUAAAUUGUAAUUUAUGUGAAAGAGAUGAUGUAUGUGAUUCAUUUAUGCCUGAAGGUAUAAAAGGAACAUGUUAUAAACAAGGUAUAAUUGUAAAUCAAUUUCAUCAAAUGUGUAAUGUUACCAAUAGCAAAAUUUUAAAAAUUUUAGAUGGUAAAAUUCCUCAAGCUACUUUUUCAUGUAAUAAAACAUCAGAAAAUUGUAAUUUUCAAUUUUGGAUUGAUCAAAAAGAAAGUUUUUAUUGUGAUUUAAAUAAAUGUAAAUUAAAUUAUGACUUGAGUUCAAAUAAGACUAAAUAUAAUUGUGAAACUAUUGCAUGUAAAUGUUUACCAGAUAGAAUGUUAUGUGGUGAAAAAGGAAGUAUUGAUAUUUCAGAUUUUUUAACUGAAACAAUAAAAGGUCCAGGUGAUUUUUCAUGUGAAUUAAAUGAUCAAAAAUGUAGAUUUUCAGAACCAAGUAUGAAUGAUUUAAUUCAAUCUGUUUUCGGAGAUCCUUAUAUUACAUUAGAAUGUAAAUCUGGUGAAUGUAUUCAUAAAUCUGAAAUUCCUGGUUGUGAUUUCCCCAAAGAUCCAAAAUUAACUUUAGGUAAUAUAUUUGUUAUAAUUGGAGUAUUAGUUGUUUGUUUAUUAUUUGUUAUUACAAUUGUAAGAAAUAUAAAUGAUUCAGCAUUAUUUAAAAAAUCUGAUACCAACAAUGAUGGUGAUUAUGAAGAAUUACCAACAGAUUCAAAUUCAAGUUUAUUAUUAAAUUCAAAUUUUGAACCAACUACUUUAUCAUUUGAAAAUAUUAAUUAUAAAGUAAAUAAUAAAGAUAACAAAAAUCAACAGCAACAAGUAUUAAAUAAUAUAUUUGGAUUAGUUAAACCAAGAGAAUGUUUAGCAAUAAUGGGAGGAUCAGGUGCUGGAAAAACUACAUUAUUAGAUAUAUUAGCUGGCAAGAAUAAAGAUGGUGAAAUUAGUGGAUCAAUUUAUAUAAAUGGUAAUAAAUUAGAUAAAAAACAUUAUAAAGAAAUUGUUGGAUUUGUUGAUCAAGAAGAUCAUUUAAUACCAACAUUAACUGUUUAUGAAACUGUUUUAAAUAGUGCUUUAUUAAGAUUACCAAGAUCAAUGACUUUCCAACAAAAACAAUCAAGAGUUAUUGAAGUUUUAAAUGAAUUAAGAAUUAUUGGUAUAAAAGAUAGAGUAAUUGGAUCAAAUUUUAAAAGAGGGAUUUCUGGUGGAGAAAAAAGAAGAGUUUCAAUAGCUUGUGAAUUAGUUACUUCCCCCUCCAUAUUAUUUUUAGAUGAACCUACUUCUGGAUUAGAUUCUUAUAAUGCAAGGAAUGUUAUAGAUUGUUUAGUUAAAUUAUCAAGAGAUUAUAAUAGAACUAUAAUUUUUACAAUUCAUCAACCAAGAAGUAAUAUAGUUUCAUUAUUUGAUAAAUUAAUUUUGUUAAGUGAUGGAGAUUUAAUAUUUUCAGGAGAUAUGAUCAAGGCAAAUGAUUUUUUUACAAAAAAUGGUUAUAAAUGUCCUUUAGGUUAUAAUAUAGCUGAUUAUUUAAUUGAUAUUACAGUUGAUCAUAACAAAAUAUUAAAAGUUUCAAAUAUUGAUUCAAAUGUUAUAAGUGCAACAUCAACUGAUUUACAUAGUGGUUCAGAUCAUCCAGAUAUUCAUCAAGAUUUUAUAACAAAUAGAUCAUCAAGUCAAGUAGAUACAACACAAGAAUGGGAACAUUUCGCAGUUCAUAGAGAUGAAUAUAAUACAGAUAUAAUAGGAAGUAAAAAAUUAGAAAAUGGAGAAGAAGAAACUUUAAUAAGAUUAAGAAAUAAAUUACAUAAUUUAUUUAUUGAAAGUUCAUUAGCUGGAGAAUUAAUUAAUGAAAUAAACGAAGGUAAGGAACAUCCAUUAAAAUUUGAUUUAAAAAAACAUGACAUAUUCAAGAAAGCAAACAUUGUUCAACAAAUUUCAAUAUUAAGUUCAAGAAUUUUUAAAAAUUUAUAUAGAAAUCCAAGAUUAUUAUUUGCUCAUUAUUUAUUAAGUUUAAUAAUGGGAUUAUUUUGUGGUUAUUUAUAUUAUAAUGUUAAAAAUGAUAUAAGUGGAUUUCAAAAUAGAUUAGGUUUUUUCUUUUUUAUAUUAGCAUUUUUUGGUUUUAGUUCAUUAACUGGUUUACAUUCAUUUGCAACUGAAAGAAUUAUUUUUGUUAGAGAAAGAGCAAAUAAUUAUUAUAAUCCAUUAAGUUAUUAUUUAAGUAAAAUUAUAUGUGAUAUUAUACCAUUAAGAGUAUUACCUCCUAUAUUAUUAAUAAGUAUAGCUUAUCCAUUAGUUGGAUUAACAAUGGAACAUAAUGCAUUUUUAAAAUCAAUAAUGGUCUUGGUGCUUUUUACAGUUGCUGUUUCAAUUGAAAUGUUAAUUGUUGGAAUAUUAAUAAAAGAACCAGGAACAUCAACAAUGAUUGGAGUAUUAUUAUUAUUAUUAUCAUUAUUAUUUGCAGGAUUAUUUAUAAAUAGUCAAGAUUUAACUACACAAAUUAAAUGGUUAGAAUGGAUUUCUGUUUUCCAUUAUGCUUAUGAAGCUUUAUCAAUAAAUGAAGUUAAAGAUUUAAUGUUGAAAGAAAAAAAAUUUGGAUUAUCUAUUGAAGUUCCUGGUGCUGUUAUUUUAAGUACUUUUGGGUUUAAAGUUGGUGCUUUUUGGCAUGAUGUUUGGUAUUUAAGUGGAUUAUCUGUUGUAUUUUUAAUUUUAGGGUAUAUUUUCUUAUAUUAUUAUACAUUUGAGAGAAGAUAA